UCAGCCCUGUACAGGUUUUGAACCCAUGACCUCUGUAAUACCAUUACAGUGUUCGACCAACAAAGCUAACAAGCCAGUUGUGAGCCGGUCAUUAUGUUGGUUUGUAUAAGUGAAGUGAUGAAUCAAUUACUGAGGAUAUCUGAAAAUUGAUGCACUUCAGUUUUAGGAACUGUAUAUGAAAGCGAUCGUCACAGUAGAGAACACUAGUUAAGCAGUUGUGAAAAUAAGGCCUGAGAAAACCCGUACAGGCCUGAAUUUUUUUCAGGAAAAUGUUUUGCUGUGUCAAAGUAUUGAAUUUUGUGCUGUUAUAUAUAAUCAUAUUAGUCAGCCGUUGGUCACAUUGUGGCUGAUUGAUGUUGCUGUUAAGGACUAAAAUAGCGUAUGCUUUUUCUAUAGGUUGACAGGUCAUGUGACUUAUCUAACGCUAAUGCGCCAAGAUCGUUCUGCUUACUCUGAAUGAGAGAGUAAUGGCGGAAGACGGUCAAGUGAACGUUGCUGACGGGAAAUCUACAGACGCCACAGAGAAACGUCAGGUCAGAUCUGGUGACUUGAAAGUAAAUUUAGCAGAUGAUAUUCAGGCAGACGCAAUAGACGUUCAGGCUGAGUUACCGUCAGACAGUACAUCACAAUUUGAUGAUGAUACUUUAAAAGCGAUAGCAGAGGUGUACUUGAAGGAAGGUGAUAACGAGUACACUAAAGGAGAGGCUGACAACGCGGUACACUUCUAUACCGAGGGACUGCAAGUGAAUUGCAAUAACAUCCAAGUCAACGCCGCCCUCUAUAGCAACAGGGCAGUAGCUCAAUUGCUUUUGGGAAAUUAUCAAGAAGCUUUGGAUGAUGCUACAGUUUCUGUUCAGUUGGAACCAACUUUCAUUAAAGCCAUAGAAAGCGGGGCUAGUGCAUGUGUCCAACUUCACUUCUAUCAAGAAGCCAUUGACUGGUGUCAGAAAGGAUUGACAAUCGAGAACAACAAGAGAUUACUUGAUUUGUGGACUCAAUGUGUAAAUGAGCAAACUGAUGGGACAGAUGAAUCAGGAAGUAAACAGGAAGUAAAGACUAACCUUGACAAAUACAGCGCGAAAAGCGAGGAGGAACAAAUCAACAAUGAACUACCUCAAACAGCUGUCCAAAGGGUCCUCCUCUAUGCCAUUGAAGUGGGGGACAAAUCUUUAGAAGGAAUGUGUUACUGCAGUCUCGGCAAUGUUUAUCAAAGCGUAGGAGAUUUCCAAAGAGCCACUCAGUACCAUGAACGCCAUCUAAAAAUUACCAAAGAAGUCGGAGACAAGGCUGGAGAGAGAGCGAGUUACGGCAGUCUCGCCUAUGCUUAUUAUUGCCUAAGAGAUUUCGAAGGAGCCAUCCAGUAUCUUGAACGUCAUCUAAAAAUUGCCAAAGAAGAGGGAGACAAGGUUGGAGAAGGAAAAAGUUACGGCAAUCUCGGCAUUGCUUAUCGUUGCCUAGGAGAUUUCGAAAGAGCCAUCCAGUAUCAUGAUCAGCAUCUAAAAGCUGCCAAAGAAGUGGGAGACAAGGCUGGAGAGGGACAGAGUUACAGCAAUCUCGGCAAUUGUUAUCACAACCUAGGAGAUUUCGAAAGAGCCAUCCAGUAUCAUGAGAGUCAUCUUAAAAUUGCCAAAGAAGUAGGUGAUAAGGCUGGAGAGGGAGCGAGUUACUGUAAUCUCGGCAAUGCUUAUCACAGCCUAGGAGAUUUCGAAAGAGCCAUCCAGUAUCAUGAGCAUCAUCUGAAAAUCGCCAAAGAAGUGGGAGACAAGGCUGGAGAGGGAAAGAGUUACUGCAAUCUCGGCAAUGCUAAUCGUUGCCAAGGAGAUUUCGAAAAAGCAAUCCAGUAUCAUAAACGCCAUCUAAAAAUUUCUGAAGAACUGGGAGACAAGACUGCAGAGGGAGCGAGUCACGGUAAUCUCGGCAAUGCUUAUCACAACCUAGGAGAUUUCGAGAGAGCCAUCCAGCAUCAUAAACGUCAUCUAAACAUUACCAAUGAAGUUGGAGACAAGGUUGGAGAGGGAAAGAGUAACGGCAAUCUCGGCAAUGCUUAUCAAAGCGUAGGAGAUUUCGAAAGAGCCAUCCAGUAUCAUGAACGUAGUCUAAAAAUUGCCAAAGAAGUGGGAAACAAGGCUGAAGAGGGAAAGAGCUACGGUAAUCUCGGCAAUGCUUAUCACAGCCUCGGAGAUUUCGAAAGAGCCAUCCAGUAUCAUGCCCGGGAUCUAAAAAUUGCCAAAGAAGUGGGAGACAAGGCUGGAGAGGGAGCGAGUUACAACAAUCUCGGCAAUGCUUAUGAAAACAUAGGAGAUUUCGAAAGAGCCAUCCAGUAUCAUGAACGUGGUCUAAAAAUUGCCAAAGCAGUGGGAAACAAGGCUGGAGAGGGAAAGACGUACUGUAAUCUGGGAAAUGAUUAUCAAAGCCUAGGAGAUUUCGAAAGAGCCAUCCAGUAUCAUGAGCUUCAUCUAAAAUUUGCCAAAGAAGUGGGAGAUAAAGCUGGAAAGGGAAAAAGUUACUGUAAUCUUGGGAAUGCUUAUCAAACGCUAGGAGAUUUCCAAACAGCCAUCCAGUAUCAUGAGCGUCAUCUAAAAGUUGCCAAAGAGGUGGGAGACAAGGCUGGAGAGGGAAUGAGUUACUGUAAUCUCGGCAAUGCUUAUCAAGGCCUUGAAGAUUUCGAAAGAGCCAUCCAGUAUCAUGAACAUCAUCUAAAGAUUGCCAAAGAAGUGGGAGACAAGGCUGGAGAGGGAAAAAGUUACUGCAAUCUUGGCAAUUCUUAUUGUUGCCUAGGAGAUUUCGAAAGAGCCAUCCAGUAUCAUGAACAUGAUCUAAAAAUUGCGAAAGCAGUGGGUGACAAGACCGAAGAGGGAGCAAGCUACGGCCAUCUCGGCCGUGAUUAUUGGGGGUUGGGCGACCUAGAAAAAGCCGUCAACCUGUACCAUUCUUGUAUAGUAAUCUUUGAAGCUAUCCGAGCCAGUAUGCGAUUCAAAGAUGAUUGGAAGAUUAGUUACCGCAACAUGAAAAGCAACGCAUAUACUUGUUUCUGGCUUGUUCAUUUAAAAAAAAAUCAAAUUUUAGAUGCACUUCUAUGUGCUGAACAAGGACGUGCACAGGCGCUCAAUGACCUUAUUCGCUUUAAUUAUUGGUCGGAAAAGGCACAAGUUCGCCCUCACACACCAACAAGUUUUGAUUUUGAGAUUCUUGUUGGCGGUGCUGUAAAUAUAGUUUUUAUGGCGGUAGAUGAUAUGGAACGCAAGAUCUACUAUUGGUUUAUAAACCGCUUUCAAGAUAUUCAAUUGAGAAGUAUUGAGAUAAUUAAGUAUGGCCUGUUCAAAGAUGUCAAUACCUUUAUUGGAAGCUUACUAAACACAGCGUCAAGAGAGUUUAAAAGAGGUGUUAUUAAAUGCGAAAAUCGUUCUCUUGAUGAGCCCCGCAAAGAAGAAUUUGUGAAGGAAAGGUCAGGUCAUCCUGAUAUCUCUUCUGAAUGCUCACCACAGAACGCAGCAUUACGAAUGUUGUAUGACGUUAUCAUUGAGCCGAUUGCUGAUCUCGUAGAUGGCAAUGAACUUAUCUUUGUUCCUGAGAGCUCACUGUGGCUAGUCCCUUUUGCAGCAUUGAUGGAUUCCGAGUCAAGUUACCUCUGUGACUCUUUCCGAGUUCGAACGAUUCCAUCCCUGACUACUCUGAAGUUGAUUAACGAUUACCCAGAUGACUUUCACAACAAGACAGGUGCAUUACUCGUGGGUGAUCCGUGUUUGGGGGAGGAUCUUUUUAGGGAGUUGAAGCGCGGUCCACUGCCAUGUGCAAGAAAAGAAGUAGCGAUGAUCGGAAGAAUCCUUGGUGCUGAUCCUCUUAUUGGUGAAGAAGCAAAAAAAGAUGAGGUAUUGAGACGACUUCCCUCUGUUGCGUUAGUGCACUUUGCAGCACAUGGCCGAAUGGAAACAGGCGAGAUUGCUUUAGCCCCACGGAGUACUUGUUCAUCACAGCCCUUUAAUGAAGAGGAUUUUAUUCUAACAAUGAAAGAGGUGUUGGAUAUUCAGAUACAGGCAAGGCUGGUUGUGCUAAGUUGUUGUCACAGUGCUCAUGGAGAGAUUAAGGCCGAGGGAGUGGUUGGAAUUGCAAGAGCGUUUAUGGGUGCCGGCGCUCGCUCUGUUCUUGUGUCGUUGUGGGCAAUUGAUGACGAGGCUACUCUCGAGUUUAUGAAACAUUUCUAUGAAGAACUGCUCACUGGGAAGCUGGCCAGUGAAGCUCUUAACCAAGCUAUGAAGAGUAUGAAAGAGUCUGAAAAGUUCAGCCAUGUGAAGUACUGGGCACCCUUUGUGCUCAUUGGGGAUGAUGUCAGACUGGAAUUUGAUUAAAGAUAAGUCUUGGAUAUUGUCAAAUAAAAGACGAGAUCCUUGCUGACGGCUUUUUGGCAAUUUUUUGUCUCUAACUUCUCUGGUGACGAGAACUUCUUGGGUAUCUUAAGCAGUGUAGCUUGGCUGUCAGUGAAAAAAAAAAACCAUAUGUUUGGUUAGGCCUAUAAGGCGAAAUUCCUUGGUCCAAAACUUUAUUUUCUUAAUGCAUGAUAUAAAUUCACCACCGUAAAAUAGUAUGUGAACUACGGUAGAUUGUACGUUUGACUUCCAUUUGAAUUUUGCUCAGGGUUAGGAAUAUUUGUAGAACUUAGUAGUCUAUGUCGCUAGUAGGUCAUGUUGGUGAUUUUUUUUUUCAAUUAGAGUCUUACAAUUGUUUCAAUUUCAUUGAAAAGUUUCAUUCAUUUUGUGAUUGCAAUUUUCCUUCUUGCUUAUUAACAGCACUGAAGUAGUUCCUAAGCAAAUUGAACUUUAAAAGUUUGUAGUACGUUACUUAUAUAUUUUUUAGUUUUUAUAAUAGAUUUUUAUAUUACGUCAGUUGAUUUGAGUUGCAUUUUUCUUUCACCAAUGCCACUCUUUAGGGCAUUUUUUUCAGCGUGUCAGGUAGAGUGAUUGACUCAGAAAGUUAUUGUAAUCUCUUUAGUUACUUUUUUAU